UCAAUGAUUUUGCCAACCGGUUCAAAGCUGUAUGUCUGAAAAACAGAAAAAGCUGUCAAGAAGAAGAAAAAACAAACUUAAAUUAGUUUUUAAAAAAUUCGCAGCUAAUCAGCUCUUUGUCUUGACUGAUCUAAUCCCUAAUUCGACAAAACACAAAAGGGUUUGAGAUUGAAGAGACAAAGGUCCCGUGACCUUGUCGUGGCUUAAACAUCACGUGUCCGUCAUGCCCCUUUUUCAACGGAAAAAGCCACCGCCGACGGAGAAACCACCGCCACCGUCUGAGGAGCUCCCGGAUGACGACGACACCCAGAACAAAUCGAAAAACCACAAGAAACCGAGCGGAGGGAAGGCGAAGUGGUCGUGCGUGGAUUCGUGCUGCUGGUUCAUCGGGUGCGUGUGCCUCACGUGGUGGUUCCUCCUCUUCCUCUACAACGCCAUGCCCGCGAGCUUUCCUCAGUACGUUACCGAGGCGAUCACGGGCCCUUUGCCCGACCCUCCCGGCGUGAAGCUGAAGAAAGAAGGUCUCAAGGCGAAGCAUCCCGUUGUGUUCAUCCCCGGGAUUGUUACCGGUGGACUUGAGCUUUGGGAAGGGAAACAGUGUGCUGAUGGUUUGUUCAGGAAGCGCCUUUGGGGUGGAACCUUCGGUGAAGUCUACAAAAGGCCUCUAUGUUGGGUGGAACACAUGUCACUUGACAACGAAACUGGUUUAGAUCCUGCUGGUAUUAGGAUUAGAGCUGUGUCAGGACUCGUGGCUGCUGAUUACUUCGCUCCUGGCUACUUUGUCUGGGCAGUGCUGAUUGCUAACCUUGCACAUAUUGGAUACGAGGAGAAGAACAUGUACAUGGCUGCAUAUGACUGGAGGCUUUCGUUUCAGAACACAGAGGUGCGUGACCAGACGCUUAGCCGUAUGAAAAGUAAUAUAGAGUUGAUGGUUUCCACCAACGGUGGGAAGAAAGCAGUUAUAGUUCCCCAUUCCAUGGGGGUAUUGUACUUUCUACAUUUUAUGAAAUGGGUUGAGGCACCAGCUCCUUUGGGUGGCGGUGGUGGGCCUGAUUGGUGUGCAAAGCAUAUCAAAGCGGUGAUGAACAUUGGUGGACCGUUUCUUGGUGUUCCAAAGGCUGUUGCAGGGCUUUUCUCUGCUGAAGCAAAGGAUGUUGCAGUUGCCAGAGCGAUUGCACCAGGGUUCUUAGACACUGAUAUAUUCAGACUCCAGACCCUGCAACACGUGAUGAGAAUGACACGCACAUGGGACUCAACAAUGUCUAUGAUACCUAAGGGAGGUGACACGAUAUGGGGCGGUCUUGAUUGGGCGCCGGAGAAAGGGCACAUAUGUUCCGGUAAAAAGAAAAGUAGCAACAAGACUCGCGGAGAAGCUGGUGAAAACUCAGUUUCCAAGACAAAGCCUGUUAACUACGGAAGAAUCAUAUCGUUUGGGAAAGAUGUGGCUGAGGCUCCCCCAUCUGAGAUUGAAAAUAUUGAUUUUCGAGGUGCGGUGAAAGGUCAGAGUAUCCCAAACAACACAUGUCGUGACGUGUGGACAGAGUAUCAUGAUAUGGGAAUUGGAGGGAUCAAAGCUAUUGCUGAGUAUAAGGUCUACACUGCUGACGCGGUUAUAGAUUUAUUACAUUAUGUUGCUCCUAAGAUGAUGGCGCGUGGCGCCGCUCAUUUCUCCUAUGGGAUUGCUGAUGAUUUAGAUGACCCUAAGUAUGAGCAUCACAGACACUGGUCUAAUCCACUGGAAACAAAGUUACCCAAUGCCCCUGAAAUGGAGAUCUACUCGCUGUACGGAGUUGGGAUACCAACAGAACGAUCAUACAUCUACAAGCUUAACCAGUCUCCAGACAGCUGCAUCCCCUUUCAUAUCUUCACUUCUGCUCACGAGGAGGACGAAGAAAGCUGUUUGAAAGCGGGAGUUUACAACGUGGAUGGAGACGAAACAGUGCCGGUUCUAAGCGCAGGGUUCAUGUGUGCUAAAGCGUGGCGCGGCAAGACGAGAUUCAACCCUUCUGGAAUCAAGACUUACAUUAGAGAGUACAACCACUCUCCACCGGCUAACCUUCUAGAAGGGCGGGGGACGCAGAGUGGGGCUCAUGUUGACAUCAUGGGAAACUUUGCGUUGAUCGAGGAUAUCAUGAGAGUUGCCACGGGAGGUAACGGGUCCGAUCUAGGACAUGAUCAGGUCCACUCUGGUAUAUUCGAAUGGUCUGAGCGUAUUGACUUGAAGCUGUGAAAUAUUUUGAUCUCUUUGAGCUGUCAGCUGUUUACUUGCAAGAGAAAUCAUCAUGGUCCUGGUCAUGGUCAUCAUCAUGAUCACGAUGCUCAAGUCACAAAGAAGCCUGAGGUUGAUAUUUGUGGUGGUCCAAUAUUCUCACAUACUUUUUUUUUCUUGAUAUACUCUUAUUGAUGUAAAUUAUACGAUCGUGUUUAUGUUUUGUCCUUGGAACGAUAAUGCAAGACUUGCUGCGCCAUGUUGUUUGUCUUGUCGAAAACAUCACUUUAGGCAUGGGGUUCGGUUUUAGGUUUUGGUUUUUUGGUUAUGAAGAUAUAAAAAUUGUUAGGUUAUUUAUGAAUUUU